CAGAGAGGGAAGAGACGGGAGAAAAUAGAACGAGAGGGAGGGUGAGACAGAGAGAGGAGAGAGAGAGAGAGAGAAGAGGGGGGAGAAAUAAGGGGAAGGAGGAGGUGGGAUCGAUGGCGUGCCCGCUGCUGUGAUAUUUCCGGUCGGUUUUUGGUCGCAGGACAUAGUGUACUGCACGUCUGAGAAGGUUAUAUAUCGGUCUCUGAAGUUUCUGCUUGGCCGUGGUAAAUAUACCAGCAACAUUACAACGUAAUCAACAGUGACAGAUGUGAGGUCACACUAAUGGCUUAAAAAUCUUAAGCUGACACGUAUGGUGGACCCAGAAGCCAACUCAAGGAAUAGAAGCUAUUUCAUGAGAGAUUUAAAACGUUUCCAUGCUUCAGUUUCUUCUGGUACAUCACUAUUCAUGUGAAGCACUGACUUCAGCCCAUUGAGAACAUCAACGCGUUGGCGGGGAUCACCCUGAGCAUAAGUCAACCAUUUAGAGAAGACAAUGUCAGCUUCGGAAUUCAGGAUUCCUUACCAGCCGGUAUCAUCUUCGCAGACUUCAGAGAAUGCAGGUCAGUUCAAGAUAUGCAAAUGCGGGGAGGGCGACCCAAACUCCCAGACCGGUGAAGCUGGUGAUAGCCCACCAGCUACAUGUCCUAAUUGCCAGGUUCUUAAGAGUGGACAUUUACUGCUUUCAUCUAAAGGAAUUGGUUGGACAACAUGGAAAAAACGCUGGUUUAUUCUUACAAGGGCAUCAUUAGUGUUCUUCAGGAGUGACCCUAAUGCACCUCCCAGAGGAAAUGAACCAGUUGUUACACUCGGUGGAAUCGACUUGAAUAACUCUGGAAGUGUUGUAGUCAAAGAAGAUAGGAAACUGUUAACAGUGUUAUUUCCCGAUGGUCGCGAUGGCCGUACUUUUACUCUGAAGGCAGAAACUACCGAAGAACUCAACGAAUGGAGAAGUGCAUUAGAGAGCGCUUUAGCGCAGGCACCAAGUGUAGCGAAUACAGUGGGGCAAAAUCCAAUUUUCAGCACUGAUGGAACAGAACCUUCUGAGGCUUCGAAUGAACAGUCGGAGGAUAAAUCUUCUGUUAUUGGGAGACCUGCAGAGUUUGCACUUGUUGAUGCUGAUGGCAGUGCAUCUUUCCUGGAGAAGUCCUUGAGGUUCAUUGAGGAUUAUGGUUGCAAGGUAGAAGGAAUCCUCCGACAGUCUGCUGAUGUCGAAGAAGUCAAACGCAGAUUUCGGGAUUACGAAAAGGGAAAGAAUGAGUUCUCCCCAGAAGAGGAUGGGCAUGUUAUUGGUGACUGUAUUAAGUGUAUUCUUCGAGAGAUGCCAGGAUCCCCAAUUCCUGCAGCAUGUUGCACUGCUCUGGUUACAGCUUACCGAUCUGACAAGACAAAAAGACUUGAUGCCCUAAACAAAGUGAUAUAUGAAGUUUUCCCAGAACCAAAUCGACAAUUGUUGCAGAGGAUUCUUAAGAUGAUGCAGGUUGUUGAAUCGCACAAAGCUGUGAAUAGGAUGUCUCAAUCUGCUUUGGCGGCAUGCAUGGCACCACUCCUUCUUCGACCUCUUCUUCUUGGUGAAUGUGAAAUUGAUAGUGACUUUAGUAUGGCUGGGGAUGGUUCAUUCCAGCUGCUUCAAGCUGCCGCAGCCGCCAACCAUGCUCAAGCUAUUGUUAUCAUUAUGCUCGAGGAAUAUGAUCAGAUAUUUGAUGACUUGGAAGAAGGUUCCUGUUCUUCGGACGCUUAUACCGAGUCUGAUGACGGUGAUGUUGACAAGGAAUAUUCCUCGGAUAAUGACAACCGUGAUGAGGAUGGUUCUUAUGAUUCUGGUGAAGAUGACAUUGAAGAAGACUUGGAUGAUAAUACUGAACACUCUUCUGGUGGCAGUGAACGUGACAAGGUUGCUCAGCCUCCUACAAAAGCGGCAAGAACAGAACGUGGAGUGUCAAGGGAGGGCAUUGAUAAAAAAUCGUCUGUUCCGCAAGUGGAAAAAGAAUCAUGUGAAUCAAAUGCAUCCACGGACGAUAUAGCAAAAUCAAAUUCCCGUUCAUCUUUGAGAGCAAAAUUUUUGGAGAAGUCAAACAGCUCAGCAAAUAGGAGCAAAAGGACCUUAUGGGGCCGUACUUCAGCAAGAAAGGACCUGUCAACAGAGGAGGUUGAGUGUUGCAGUGAUGAUGAGGCUCUUAUUGAGAAGCUUGAGAACAACAAGGCUGAUCUCCAAUCUAAAAUUUCAAAGGAGGUCAAAGAAAAUGUAAACCUCCAGGCAAGUCUAGAAAAGCGAAAAGAAGCAUUACAUGAACGCCGUUUAACACUUGAAAAAGAAGUGGAAAACUUGCGAGACCUGCUGCAGAAGGAGAGAAGUUUGAGGGUCUCAUUGGAAUCUGGGCUGAUGAAUAUGCGAAGAGGGCAGGUGUCUUUCCCGUCAACAAUAGACAGCAAAACUAAGGCUGAUCUUGAGGAAGUUGCUGCUGCUGAAGCUGAUGUUUUAAACCUGAAGCAAAAGGCUUGUGAUCUCCGCGGACAGCUCAGCGGCCAGGGCCAGCUGAGCUCUACUUCGUUAUGUGAAUCGUGCAACAAACGACUCCUAAAUGCAGACAACCUUGUCGAAGAGAAACAAAAUGCUGGCCUUUCUCCAGAAAUUAGCUCCUCAACCGAAGCAUCAUCAAUCGUUGGGCUGAAUUCUGUAUCUCGCAUGAUACCCAGUGCAGGCAUGGCAGAGAUUGUUGAACAAUUAAGAAGGCAAGCUGCACCGAAUCCAUCUUCUUCAAUAGGUGCUCAAAGGUUGUUGAGGCAAAACUCAAAUAGCCCACAACUAAACAGGCUUCAAGGACCAAAUGCAUCAAGUAUUAGAGCAGAGGAAUCUGGGGGUGCACCACCAUCUGCAAUAUCUAAGCUGACAAACCGGCUCAACUUCUUGAAAGAAAGAAGGGCGCUGCUUGCAAGCGAGAUGCAGAACUUAGAUUUGGCUCGCCCACCUGCGCCACCACCUACAGCUCCAGCUCCAAAUAAAGACUCCACAUGAGGACUGGGAAUUUGAUACCGGGUCAUCUUUAUGCUAGAAAAUCAAUAGUGAAGCGAUGCGCAUAUGAAGACGCCACAGGAGCUUCUUCGGUGAGGUGGAGAUGCAUAUGGUAAUAUUACCGUGAGUUCGACCCCAAUUCGAGAUGCCUGCUCAUGUAUUUUCAUUGGAAAAGGAGCAUCGCUGCUAGUGUCCACCAAAAUCGCUGGUUGCACGGACGGCCUAGUUUUAGAGUACUAUAAUUAUAACCACUCAGGUUUAUCAUAUCUUCAUAACAAUAUUUUAAAAGUAUUGUAGCAAGAUUGACUGCCGAUCUGCUUUGCAUUGUGGCGUGUAUAAAGAUGUAUUCAUAAAUUCUAGACCACAGCCAAAGUGCUCUUCCAAAUGCAGUUUGCGGGCAAGUUUCACCGUGUUUUUCUUUUCUUUUCUGCUACACUACGUCAUUUAUAACAAUGUUUUGUAAGAGCACUUCCUAGUAAGAUAUGGGAUAAACCGACGGCAGUUCAUGUGCCACAAGCCCACAACCCAGAAAGGCUUAAUCAUGUUCUGCAGUUCCAUAGCUAAAGCAUAAGUUGUUUUGUGACUUCAGUCAUCGAUGUACUGUCUUUGGUGCACUUUGCAUAGUACAGAAGUGUAACAAAUUGUAUUCUUUUGCGUUA